AUGCCCGUUGGUCGAGCAAGGAAAGCACGCCUUGACCACGGGUCAAAGCGAACUAUUUCUCGCUUUCUGGUCUCCGAGGCGGCAAUUGGGAAACUGGUGAAGGGCAUCUCAGUGGGCACCGAUGCUGCUCAUUCAGUGACGCCAAGGGAACUGGGGAGCGGGUUGCCGCAUGACCCCAUUCACCUUCCACUUCGAAGGACCCCAAAUGGCAGCGGCUGCUAUCACUGCGCCACGGAGGAGUGUUGCUGUGUAGCGUUUGAAAAGAUCUUAUCGAGCACCUACGCUGCAAUGUCAAAGAAACGUGUGGUGGAAGUGUCCGGUGCUCGACAGCUUUGCGCAAAGUCGCUGCUGACACCUUUUGUCACAAGGCUAGUGCGCCUGAUGAAUAUAACGAAGAACGACACCUUCUACGAUUUCGGAUGCGGAAAUGGUUCAGUCUUAUUUCAAGUCGCCUUUAUGACUGGUGCAAAGUGUGUUGGUGUGGAAAUCAGCGAGCACAAUGCAGAUGUUGCACGAGAGGCCUGGCAGCUGCUGCGGCAGGUGCUGGAGAAAAAGUACGAUCGGCCGAUGCCGAGGAUGGAGAUUAUCACGGCGGAUUUGGCUGAACUCCUCUCUACGCCCACGUACUUCGACGAAGAAGAAGGACAAACGGCUAUCCUGAUAUCGAAUCUCCUCUUCCCGAAGCCCCUGACGCACUUUUUGUCAGAGCGUCUCCGGUCGACCCAUGUAGGAACCCGUAUCCUAUGUUUUGACGAUUUGUACCCCCACGCUCGCUCGGUGGCUACGUACAGAGACCCUGGUGCUUUUGAGCUGUUUGACAUGAAAGAUUACUUGUGGCAAGAGAUGAGUGUGGAAUGGUGCUCAAUGGAAGGCAGAUUCUUCAUACACACGCGGAAGUAG